UCCACCGCUCGCUCCGGCCCAGCCCGCGUCCCCUCGGGCCGACCGUGGCCGUGACGCGCGGGGAUCCGCUCUCGACCCGGGCGGGCCGCACCGCCGCGUUACCUGGCCGUCCAUUGCCGGUCUGGGGAGGUCUGGAAGGUUCCCAUCUCGAGCCUCUCGGCUUCCCAGGGCCACGGGCAGGGGAGAGAGGCGGUGGACGGCUAGCACGGGGAGUCUGGGGGCGACUCAGGUACUUCGUCGCCCCUCUCGUGUGCUCCGAACCAUUGCUGGGAAUAUUGUCAGUGUUCUGUGGACUUUGCCGACUCUGGCCUUAGGAGAGUCAGGUACAGAGGUGGGAAGAGGAAAUGUACGAGGCGCAGCUUUCUUUUGAUAAUUACUCAUAAAGUGUGGAGUGUCCUUUUAGAAUACAGAGUUUAAUGAAAAAUCCAUGCUUACGGGGUGAAAAUGGCAGGCUUCCUCGAUAAUUUCCGUUGGCCAGAAUGCGAAUGUAUUGACUGGAGUGAGAGAAGAAAUGCCGUGGCUUCUGUGGUGGCAGGCAUAUUGUUUUUUACAGGUUGGUGGAUAAUGAUUGAUGCCGCCGUGGUGUACCCUAAGCCAGAGCAGUUGAACCAUGCCUUUCACACGUGUGGCGUGUUCUCCACAUUGGCUUUCUUCAUGAUAAAUGCUGUGUCCAACGCUCAGGUGAGGGGGGACAGCUAUGAAAGCGGCUGUUUGGGAAGAACAGGUGCUCGAGUUUGGCUCUUCAUUGGUUUCAUGUUGAUGUUUGGGUCACUUAUUGCUUCCAUGUGGAUUCUUUUUGGUGCAUAUGUUACCCAAAAUACUGAUGUUUAUCCAGGACUGGCUGUGUUUUUUCAAAAUGCACUUAUAUUUUUUAGCACUCUGAUCUACAAAUUCGGAAGAACUGAAGAGCUGUGGACCUGAGAGCACUUCUUAGAUCACAUUUCCUUUUGUUUUGUUAUAUUUGUAGAUAAGUUUUUCUCUCUCAACAUAAUUUACACAUUGCCAAAUGGGAUAGAUUGUACAUUGUUUUGUUUCUUUACACUUUUAUGCUCUGAGUUUUGAAGUAGUUUUAUGAAGUGUCUGUCCUUUUUUAAAAUCAUUGAAUAGAUUGUUAAUAUGUACAUAUAUAAAACUAUAUAGAUGGGAUGAUGAGUAUCAGUUUUUUAUUCCUGAAGACUUAAAGCUUGAUCUAUUCCCUGAGCCAGGGUUGUAUCUUCAUGUCAUUUUAGAAUUUUGUUUUUAGUAUCUUUAGUUUUAGUAUCUUUAAUUUCUGAAGAUGUGCAAAAAAAAAAAAAAAAUAUAUAUAUAUAUAUAGCUCCAUGCAUCUGAAAGAAGCACUGAGCCAUUAACAAGGGUAUUUCAGCAAGUUGUAAUUUAUUUUGGCUUAAAAAUGAGAUUUUUUAAAAGGAAAAAUGUUUGUUAUGUAUUAAAGAAAUGGACUUUUAUAUGAAGAUUUUUUAAAUGCCUGAAGGACUAGUUUGAAAGCCUCUUUUAAAAACAAUUUCUGUAACAUGACUUUGAGAAGGGAUAAUACGUGAUCAGGUACACUCAGUUUUAUAUGGUUAAUGUGAAAAGGCUGUGAGGCAGCUCAGCAACAUGCUUUUUGUAAAAACAGCUCCAACAAUCUGUCUAAUGGGAUUAUCUUGGCAGGCUGUUAUUAUCUGAUGUUACAAAAUUCAGCAUCAAACAAGUUUGAGACAACUGCAGUUUAAAAGCAUGAACCAUAUAACAAAAACUGGAAUAAUUAGUUUCAAGAUAAAGCACUUCUUCCCAAAGGGAAUUAUUAUGACCUAGUGAAAAAUUAGGCGUUAUCUCCACUUAGUUACCAACCGCAAGUGGCUCUUUGCACUACUGGCUCUCAAACUUUGGGUGAACUCUUCCUGCAAAAUAUAUCUUUAACCCGAAAGUCCAUAAUUCCAGUUGAAACCUUCUUUUGCUGAGUUUGAAACACUGUGCACCAUGUGUAUUCCUAGGAGAGGAGACGAGAGGAGACGAGAGGAGACGGGAGGAGAGGAGACGUCAAAGUGAUGGUUGGGUCCUUGUUGCUACUUUUGCCUUCCUUUGUUAUACAGGCUUUGUGUUGCACUUUUUUUCCUCCAGAGGGAUUUUAUAGCACCUUUUGUUGUAAGACAGAAUAAUAGCAAUGGUAUAAAUAUGUAGCUUCUAGUGCAAGGCUUAUCUUGCUUUACCCUCUCCGCUCCCUGAGAGGGUUUACUGUGCACAGAGUAUGAAGCGGUUGUGGAACACUGUGCCUUUGUCUAGACACCUUCUUGUUUAAUUACUUCUUCCUUUGUUGUUGUUUUUCUCUCCAAAUGUCAGUAAACUUUGUCUUGCCUCCAACAACUUGUAAGGCUAAUUACUGGUGGCCACUCUCUUGUCACGUGUUGCAAUAAAUAUUACUUCUCACACA